AUGUCCGACACAAAACCACUGGCAAAGACCGAGGAAACAACCUACUACGAGCCAGAUCCAGACUCCUACGUCAGCUAUCAACGCGAAAUAUACGCCAGUCUUCGAAAGCCCAAAUAUUCAACGAAACCCGCACAAUGGGAAGCAGCUGCUCGAGCUGCAGUCCCUGAACCAAAUUUUCUUUAUGUCAACGGCUCUGCAAGCAGCGAAUCAACAUAUACAGCGAACGUGUCAGCUUUCGAGCGAUACCGACUACGUCCAUGGAUGCUGGUGAAGGCUACACGGCGCGACAUGUCUGUUGAGAUUUUUGGGCGAAAGUACAAAAGUCCAUUGCUUGUGGCACCAAUUGGUGUACAAGAGAUUCUUCAUCAUGAUGCCGAGGAAGCAACUGCAAGAGCUUGUGCUGCUGUGAACGUACCUAUGAUCCUUUCAACGGCCGCUACUCGAAGCAUCGAGCAAGUCGCCCAGGCCAACGGAGAUGGCGACCGGUGGUACCAACUCUAUUGGCCUAAGCCGCAAGCUGAGGAGCUUACGGCGAGCUUGCUUAGUCGCGCAAAGGCAAGCGGCUUCCAAGUGCUAGUUGUGACUCUCGACACGUUCAUGAUAGGCUGGCGACCUAAUGAUCUCGAUGAAUCAUACAUCCCCUUCAUUUGGGGUCAGGGCUGUCAAAUCGGCUUCUCAGACCCUGUCUUCAAUCGCAUGUACGAGGAGAUGCAAGCUGCAGAUACUCGUAGCAUCAGCGAGAAGGUGUCGGAAAUCUGGCAGAUUUUGAAAAGACCGGGGAGCAUCGGAGGUGCGGCGAAAGUCCUGAGCCAUGCCAGCAUCAUCAAGAAGGCCAUGUUGUUCACUGACCUGGUAGCAUCUGGGAACUACCGCGAUUGGAACGAUUUGAAGAUUCUUAGGAAGUAUUGGGAUGGGCCUAUUGUGCUGAAGGGCAUUCAGACCGUGGAGGAUGCGCAUCGAGCUGUUGAGCACGGAAUGGAUGGCAUCAUUGUCUCUAACCAUGGAGGACGACAACUUGACGGAGCGAUUGCAUCGCUAGACGCGUUGGCGGAUAUUGGUGCUGAUGACAAGAUCAAAAGCUCGGACUUGACUGUGCUAUUCGACUCUGGUAUCCGAACUGGGUCAGAUGUUCUCAAGGCCCUUGCCUUGGGGGCAAAAGCUGUCUUGGUUGGACGUCCGUAUGCAUAUGGCCUUGCGAUGGGAGGCGAGGAAGGUGUUAAGCACGUACUCAACUGUAUGCUCGCUGAUACAGACAACUCAUUGGCGAAUCUUGGGAAGAAGAGUACAGCGGAGAUCAGUCGGGACGAUUUGAGGGUGAUGCAACAGCCAGCAAAGUUGUAG